AUGAGUGCUUUUUUCCCUGUCUUUGAUCUAAACGUUCGUUUGGAAGAAGAUGACGACGGCAACCUUCCCAUCGAUCUCAACGAGCCAGUUUUGGAAGAUGAGAACCACGGAAUAGAUUUGAACUUACCAUUAGAUGAAUUUGGAGCUGUUGACUUUGAUUACGUACAAAACCUCACUGAACAAGAUGGUGAUGCUCCCGUUCCACUACACCAACCGAAGAAUGACUAUUCUGAUCGUGUUAGACAACAAGUGUAUCAAGCAUUGUUGAUGAGAAGCAAAAAUGGGAAACUAGGCAACCAUGAUACAACAAUUGUAUCUAACCAAUUUGAAGUAAAAAUUAGAUCAGUUCAGCGCAUAUGGAGGCAAGGUAAAAACCAACUUUCUCAAAACAUUCCGGUCGUGGUUCCUAAUCUAAAGAAAGGUAGAAGUGGCCGCAAAGCAAUCCCUCUAGAUUUGGAAAAGUUGCGGGAUAUUCCUCUCAAGCAAAGGAUGACCAUAGAAGAUGUGUCUAGUAAACUUGGUAUUAGCAAAUCUAGGAUACAAAGGUAUUUGAAAAGGGGUUUCAUUAGGCGCCACUCUAGUAGCAUCAAACCUUACCUCACUGAUGAUAACAAGAAGACUAGGUUGAAGUGGUGCAUUGACAUGAUUGAUCAAGGUUUGCUUGAUGAUCCAAAGUUCAAGGAUUUGUUUGACUUUGUGUUUAUUGAUGAGAAGUGGUUCUACCUCACUCAAAAAUCAGAGAGGUACUACUUGCUACCCGAGGAAGAUGAACCACACCGCCUUUGCAAGAACAAGAACUACAUCCCUAGGAUCAUGUUCUUAUGUGUAUGUGCUCGGCCACGAUUUAGAAAUGGAGUAUGUGUGUUUGAUGGCAAAAUAGGUUGCUUUCCACUAGUCAAUUUUGAACAAGCUAUUAGAGGAAGCCACAACCGUCUUCGUGGAGAGGAAGUAAUCAAACCAAUUCAAUCAAUCACAAGGUAUGUGAUAAGAGAUUUCAUGAUAAAUAGAGUGUUGCCCGCAAUUAGAGCAAAGUGGCCAAGAGAAGAUGUCAACAAGCCAAUAUUCAUUCAACAAGAUAAUGCUCCAUCUCAUUUAAAAAAUGAUGAUCCUCAUUUUUGUGCGGUUGCAAAGCAAGAUGAGUUUGACAUUAGGCUUAUAUGUCAACCACCCAAUUCUCCAGAUUUUAACAUUCUAGAUUUGGAGUUUUUUCGAGCUAUUCAAGCCAUUCAAUACAAGAAAGAUGCUAAGACAAUUAAAGAUCUAAAUUCCAGCAGUGCAAGAGGUAAAUGA